AUGAAGUUUCGGUCGUGUUUGAGAAUAUAUAGGUUUGAAAAAUAUAAUAUCGACCUAAUCGGUUGUUUUCUUUACUUCUCGGUGGAAACAAGUGAACGAAGACAAUGUCGGCUUUUUUGUUUCAAAAACGUAAACCUAGAUUAUCGGUUCUUGAACUGCAACCUGUUUUUAUCUUCAGCGGGUGACCGCGACACGAGAUGGAGGAUACCGCCACACAGACUUCGCGCGAAACUACAAUCUGGAGCUUUGUUUCUGAUGAAUGUCAAAGAAAAUUAUCACUGUAAAUACAACAAGAAGAACAACCUCCUGGGACGACUUUGUCAUUCCAACAGGACCCCAUUGAAAUUUUUGACCCAUGAUGUUUGCCCCAUGAGUCCCGGUGAACAAAUCCAGUUUGCUUGUCGUGUAUUCAAACAAGUUUUUCUCCGUUCUACUCGCUUCAUUCUCUCAUAGUACCCUGUCUGCUAAAGUUUUGCUUGACUCGUUUUAUUUCUGUCAGAUGUGUUGACGUGAGGUUCUUGUUGGCAACAGGCCUCCCGCGAUCGAGUGUGUGGCUCUUACUUUUUGAAGGUCUACUGUGGAUCAUGAGAUAGCACGGACUAGCAGUGCCAGUGCUGCUGCUGCUGGACGAGCUGGGUCUGAAAUUAAGUAGUACUCCCAAUAUUUUGACCGCGCAACCAACGGGAAAAUGACGAUCUGAAAAUUUUGAGUAUAACUAUAUCUAUAAUUUUUGAAAACCC